AUGCAAAGUCCAUAUCCUGUGACGCAAAUGUCUAAAGUCGAUGAUGAGUCUCUAUUGAAGGACAGUAAGAGCAAGUCCAAGACGGCUGCAAAAUCAGAGGCUCCAAGGCCGCAUGCCUGCCCUAUAUGCCAUAGAGCGUUCCAUAGGUUAGAGCAUCAGACAAGACACAUGAGAAUCCAUACCGGUGAGAAGCCCCACGCUUGCGACUUCCCCGGAUGCGUGAAAAGGUUUAGUAGAAGCGAUGAAUUGACGAGACACAGAAGGAUCCAUACCAACUCUCACCCUCGAGGCAAAAGAGGCAGGAAGAAAAAAGUAGUCGGCUCCCCGAUAAAUAGCGCCAGUUCCAGUUCUACCAGCAUACCAGAUUUGAACUCGGCAAGUUUUUCACCACCACUGCCAGAACAACAGCUUUCUCCCUUGAUUCCUAUAGCUAUCGCACCGAAAGAAAAUUCAAGUCGAUCUUCCACUAGGAAAGGAAGGAGAACGAAAUUCGAAAUCGGCGAAACUGGCAGUAAUGAUGCGUUCAUGGCCUCUUCUUUAGCCAACCCGAUGGCUAAGAUUCCUGUUUCAGUGAAGCCUCCUCCUUCUUUAGCACUGAAUAACAUGAACUAUCAGACCACAUCUACCCCUACGACCUCGUCUUCGUUGAGUAACAGCCAUAGCGGCAGUAGAUUGAAAUUGAACGCGUUGUCUUCCUUACAAAUGAUGACACCGCUUGCUAAUAGUGCGCCUAGAACCGUUUUUAUAGAUAACCCUGAUCAAAAGCAGCAGCAGCAGCAGCAGCAAAAUUCGCAAUCACAGCGUUAUUCAAAUACUGUUAUACUGCCGAGGCCGCGAUCCUUAACGGAUUUCCAAGGAUUGAAUAAUGUGAACUCGAACACCAAUGCUGUUUUCAGAGCACAACAUCAAAGUUCCAUACAGUUGAAGAGGCCAAAUUCAGUAUUAAGCCUGAACGAUUUGUUGGUUGGUCAAAGAAAUUCUAAUGAAUCAGACUCCGAUUUUACCACCGGUGGUGAGGAUGAAGACGAUGGGUUGAAAGAUCCAUCCAACUCUAGCAUUGAUAAUCUUGACCAAGACUACUUACAGGAGCAAUCAAGGAAAAAAUCCAAGACUUCUACACCCACAACAAUGCGAAGCAGAUCUGCGAGCGGUACGAAUCUGCAUACUUUGGAAUAUGUAAUGAACCAAAACCAUUUGCAUUCUGCGUCAUCAUCGCCUGAUUUCCAGAAAGAACUAAACAAUAGACUACUAAACAUCCAAAAACAGCAACAAGAUCAACAUUCAUUGUUGCAAUUACAAAAUACAUCGAAUCAAAAUCAAAAUCAAACGAUGGCUACCAAUAGUUCGUCAAGUACAACACCGCUGUUAUUGUCGCCAAGAAUGAACAUGGCCAAUACCGCCAUGCCCAUCCAACAAACCCCUAUUUCCCGGCUGGAUCAACAGGCUCAAGAAGCGGAAACACUACCGCCUAUUAGAAGUUUGCCAUUGCCCUUUCCACACAUGGAUUGA